UCAGUAAACGCUAGGCGUGUGGGGACAAGUGCCAGACCCUUUGUUGCCUUAUCAUGCACUGCAGAACUGACUUCUUGCUGGAAAGAGACUUCCAAGAGUUGAAGGAGAACAAUUUUAAGGGUAUUACUGCCUUUCCUGUAAGUGAAGAUCUAAUGGAAUGGGGAGCCGAUAUUGAAGGUCUACAAAAUACAUUUUGGCAUGGAUUAUUCUUCCAGCUGAAAAUAAACUUUACGUCACAAUACAAUUUUGUCCCUCCAGUUGUGAAAUUCCUAACAAUUCCUUUUCAUCCAAAUGUAGACCAAAAUACUGGUCGGGCUUGUAUAGAUAUUUUGGAUGACCCCGAUAAGUGGAAUACAAGCUAUACGUUGAGCAGCAUCUUACUUACCCUCCAGGUUAUGCUUUCUAAUCCAGUGCUAGAAAAUCCAGUGAAUUUGGAAGCAGCCCAAAUGCUGAUUAAAGAUGAAUCUCUGUACAAACAAGAAGUUCUAAGACUUCUCAACCAACCAACACAAUUGAGAAAUAACAGCCCUGAGUUUCCUAAAGAUCCAGAUAAACUUAUCAGAUCAACUAAAGCAAUCUCAUUUAAUGAUUACUACAAGACAUGGUCCGGAAUAGCAACAUCAAAAGCCACAGAAUACUAUAGAAGUCCAUUGCUUGAAGAUCCAAAUUUUGUUGUAGAGUAUUAUAAAUGGAAGAAAGCUGAAUUAAAACAUCCUAAAGAAUGGAAUUUAAAGUAA